CCAAUUUUGAAUCUAACGGAAGAAAAUUGCUAAGAGUCGCAAAGCAGAAAAGAGAAGAUCGAAGAAAGUGGAAAUGCAAGCAAAUCUAACUGGUGCUUUAAUUAAGUGCUCCGAAAAGAGAGGAAAAUAAAAAGUGCAAGCAAAGAAAAUAAAGCAAAAUUAAUGUGUCAUGUGAAAACAAGCACCCGUGUUUUGCGAAAAGGUGAACGAAAAUAAUUCCGGAAACCAAUUCCCGUUGAUUGCUCCCGGUGCCGGAGUGUGAAAUUGUAAAAGCGUUCGUUCAACUCAGCUAUCUUGUACACGCCGCGAUCCAAACCACCACCGCGCGGAGGAUAAUCUUCCCCAGAGGCCAGCUCUUCUGCUCCGGUUGCUGCUACUGUUUUCUGCAAGACGAUCCGAGGCGACCGAGGAAGCAAUUAGGUUUUCUGCAAAUAAUAAGAAGCAUGCCAACCUUCGCAUCAAUCUGACGACAUCGGAAUAUUGGAUUAGCAGCAAAGACGCGUAAUCCCAUACUCCUCCAGAGGGAUUUCCGGAAUCGAUAUUUCAUCACAGACAACGUGUCCUCAAGCGUGACAAUUUUGGUGCCUCGUAAAAGUGAGGACCGGUAUGAUGGAGCUGCAGCAGGUGCCAACGGAUGGAGGCGCCCUUGUUAACCGAUCCCUAGUCUAUCUGGCGAUGGUGACGGCAGCGUCGAGCACAAACUUUGCCAUGGAAAGCGUAGACGAAGGAGGAGGAGGAGGAGGAGUACCCAUCAAUGAAACCUACGGUGGAGGACUUGAUCUACUGCUGCACCAACCGGCAGUCAUUUUGGUCAACGGAUCCGGUGCCGGGCUAGUGAACGAAAACUAUAGCUCCAAAGCGGAUCCCAUCUGUAUCAUACUGCCGAUCACCAUCUUCUACUGUUUCAUCUUUGUGGCCGGUAUCGUGGGAAAUCUGGCCAUCUGUAUUGUGAUUGCCAAAAAUCGGUCGAUGCACACGGCCACCAAUUACUAUCUGUUCAACUUGGCAGUAUCGGAUUUUUUGCUGCUGCUAUUCGGCAUGCCCUUGGAGGUGUACGGCACGUGGUACCCAUUCGCGUACCCCUUCAACCAAGUGGCCUGCAUCAUCACCGGGCUGCUGUCGGAGACGGCGACCAACGCCACGGUAUUGACGAUAACCUCCUUCACCGUCGAGCGGUACAUUGCCAUCUGUCAUCCAUUUCGAUCGCACACCAUGUCCAAGCUGUCACGGGCUAUCAAGUUCGUCAUCGCAAUCUGGCUGGUGGCAUUCGGGCUGGCCACCCCACAGGCCCUGCAGUUCGGAGUGGUGGAAAACGGCCACUCGAGACUUUGUACGAUCAAAAACCGUCACUUUGAGCAUGCCUUCGAGGUGUCCAGCUUCCUGUUCUUCGUGGGCCCGAUGACGGUCAUUGCCGUGCUGUACGUGCUGAUCGGGAUCAAACUCCGCAAGAGCAAACUGCUGCAGGGCGUCAAACGGCAAGGGCCGGGCGUCGGGGCUAGCGCAGGAGAUCACGGCCAUCAUGGCGGGAUGGCCACUUCCGGAGGUGCGAGCUCCCGGGCCGUCAGCGGUCAGACACGAGUGAUACGAAUGCUCGUGGCCGUGGUGGCGACGUUUUUCUUCUGCUGGGCACCGUUCCAUGCACAACGGUUGAUGGCCGUGUACGGUUCGGUCACCAACACGGACAAUGAAUUUUUCUUCCAAGUCUACACCUAUCUGACGUACAUUUCCGGAAUAUUGUACUUUCUGUCGACGUGCAUCAACCCUCUGCUGUACCAUAUCAUGAGCCAUAAGUUUCGGGAUGCUUCCAGGCGCACGCUUAAGCUAGGCUGCUGCCGCGUAGACUCCAAACGUUCGGAGGGGCAAACCCACACCUACAGUGCCCUGUCCCGGUACGGACUCACCGGCAACGGGGGCUCCUUUAAGCUGGCUUCCAACAUCCACUACGGCACCCCCGUUUCCGCAAUUCGUCCCAGUUCGGAUUUGCAGUUCUGCCACCAACAGGAAUCGGAACUAUCAUUGCUCCGCAGCGACCCCGGUCGUUGUCGGAAAGCCGAAUCGCACUGCGUCUCCAUAAGCAGUCAAUCGACGACCCUCAGCACCAGCGGCAUGGCCCGAUCGUCCUCGGUCGAGCGGAAGCAACCGAACGGAAGGCCCAACUGUCGAAACUCCGGUAGCUUCGGUUCACGAGGCAGCAUCCGUGUUUCAUCCGGUGUGCCACAGGAGAACGGCGACCCGGGUGGGCGACUGUCUACCAUAGCGGAGAAGCUACGUCGCGGCACCAAAAAGGUACUGCAGUUCAGCAAGUCACCGUCGACUUCGCCGACCAAGACCUCGUCGGCCGGAAACGGAGCACCGUCUGACCAGCAGGACGGUAAACGCCGCUGGCUGCGGAAGAAAGAAAGUGUCGAUUCGGUCGAUACCAACACGAUAAGCAAUUCCAGCCUGAAGGAGUAUGACGAGGAAGAGUUUUCCAGUGCCGAGCUCGCGCGAUUUAUGGCUGAGAUCAAUAAUGAGAUUCGUUGAACGACAGAGCGACUGACAGAGAGCGGGAUCAAGAAUUGAGUAGUACAAAUCUUAACCGGAAAUGCAAAACAGUGAUACAGUAGCGAAAAGCGCCUACUGAAACGGCUCAGGAACGUGUGACAGUGACGGACAGAGGUGUCAAGGUUACUUUGUAGGAUAACAAUAUUGUUGUAUGAAUUGAUUAUUUAUUUUAAACUUAGCAUAACGGUGUGACAAUGGAAAGCUGUGAAAACGAUGAAUUGCGAUUAAAGGAAAACAGACGCAGAAAGCACCAC